CGUCAUCUAUAGCGUGGUGUUUGUAUAACCUUUGAGUUAUGAACCCCAUAUCUGGUAUCUGAGAUACAUUUAAGAUUUGCUCUUCUCUCGUACAUGCUAGUGUGCAUCUCAGUUCUGAGUCGGACCGACGAACGCCAGACAAAAUGAAGAUUUUAGUGGAAUCCCCUAUGUCCAUGCUGGACCCCUCGCUCUUGCUGCGUCCAGAGAAGUGCUACAACGACAAACCAAUCGACGCGUUCCGCGACUACUCCGUGGACGACUCCGACCCCAUCAAGGAGCGCGUGCGCAGGACCUACUACGACAUGCACACCAACAUGACCGUAGACUUUGUUAAAGGUAAAAUGGAGAAAUGGCUGAAGUUCAACCACUUCAAGGCGACGAUCAAGGAGGCGCUGAUCAAGCUGAACGAGCUGGUGGACGAGUCGGACCCGGACACCGACCUGCCCAACAUCGUGCACGCCUUCCAGACCGCCGAGAGGAUCCGCCAGGACCACCCCAACGACGACUGGUUCCACCUGAUCGGACUGAUACAUGACCUUGGAAAGGUAAUGGCGUUCUAUGACGAGCCACAAUGGUGCGUGGUGGGGGACACGUUCGCAGUGGGCUGCAAGUGGGGGGAGAACGUCGUGUACGGCCCGGAUAGCUUUAAGGACAACCCCGACACUUACAACCCUAAAUAUAAUACGGAAUAUGGUAUGUACUCUCCCAAAUGCGGCAUCGAGAACCUGAUGAUGUCGUGGGGCCACGACGAGUACCUGUACCGGUUUCUUCUCCACAACAAGGCCAAGUUCCCGCUAAAAGGCCUCCACAUGAUCAGAUACCACUCGUUCUACCCGUGGCACGCCGGCGGCGACUACCAGCACCUGCUCAAAGACAGCGACGAGGAAAUCAGACAGAAUGUCUUGGAAUUUAACAAAUACGAUUUGUACACAAAGAGCGCCGGGAUCCCGGACAUCGAAGCCCUGUGGCCCUACUACGAGUCCCUCAUCGACAAGUACAUCCCAGGAGAACUGGAAUUCUAGACCUAGGCAUAACCUCAAUUUAUAUAUUUAUGUAUCUACUGUCACGUGAGACAGACGAUAACUAACCGUCUGGGAGGCAAAUUGUGAUAAAAUUCAAAUAUACUAGUAAAAAUGUAAAUACAAUGUCAUAAUUUUAAGUGUUAUUUAACGAAUUAGUUUUUACUUAUUAUACUAAAUUUAUUAUAAUUUUGUACUGGAAUAAAUAUUUUGCAAUGA